CCUGUUCAUAUUUCCUUUUUCGCACUCCGAAGUCAGACUCAGGAGUCCCUUCUCUCUGCUGUUUCUUACUAUUUCUGCCUGUCCGUCUUCUGUGUUUUUUUUCAUCCCUAUGAACAUUCUGGCUUGAUGUGGUAUUUUUUGUAUGCGACAUUUCUUUCUCCAGUUCAUUUUCGCGCCAAAAUCAUUUUCUAAUCCCCUAAGAAAACCCUAAAACCCCAACCCGCUUCUUACUCGGUUUGCAUAUGCAAAUGGAUGCUGUAGAAGAUCAUGAGAAUGCCCUCCAUAGCCCGCAGAAAACUGACCCUAGACCUGCUCCGCCUCCCGAAGACCAGCAGGCUCUCUCCAAGAAUGCUAAAAAAAAGCUGUUAAAACAGCAGCGAUUCGAGGCGAGAAAAGCAGAGAAGAAGGCAAUGGAAAAAGAGCGGAAGAGAAAAGAAGCGGAGAGGAAGCGGAAGGAAUGGGAGGAAGCUCUCGCGAGCGUGCCGGAAGAGGAGAGAUCGCAGCUCAUAGAGUCGAGAAAAUGCCUCAGGCGUGAGAGGAUCGAGAAAAGGUCUGAGGAAAGGGAAAUGAAGAUUCAGAGGUUGAGCAAAGCCAAAGAAUCCGGCCAAAAUAUCAUCAUCGAUCUCGACUUCUCCCAUCUCAUGACCGCCUCCGAGAUUCACAGCCUCGUUCAACAGAUUAUGUAUUGUUAUGCAGUAAAUGGCAGAUGUAGUUGCCCUGGUCAUCUCUGGUUGACAGGAUGCAAUGGAGAAAUGGAGAAGCAGUUGCAGAGGCUCCCAGGGUUUGAUAAAUGGAUUAUUGAGAAGGAAAAUCGAUCAUACAUGGAGGCAUUGAAUGAGCAGAAGGAAAAUCUGGUAUAUCUUACCGCUGAUUCGGAGUCAGUGCUGGAUGAGCUCGAUCCAGAGAAAUAUUACAUUAUUGGUGGGUUAGUGGAUCGAAACCGGUGGAAAGGGAUAACCAUGAAGAAAGCACAAGAACAGGGCAUCCUAACAGCAAAACUCCCAAUAGGAAGUUACUUGAAGAUGUCAAGUUCUCAGGUACUCACAGUGAACCAAGUGAUGGAAAUUCUCCUCAAGUUCUUAGAAACAAAAGAUUGGAGGACUUCCUUCUUCGAGGUAAUUCCUCAAAGGAAACGGUAUGAUGCUGAGUCAGAAGAAAAUCAAGAGGAAGGAAAUGGGGAAGCCGAGUCAGAAGAAAAUCAAAGGGAAGAAAAUAAAGAGGAAGAAAAUGGAGAAGGGUGCCAGGAGGAAGAAGAAUCCAGCAGAAAAAAGCAGUGUAUUGAGGCACCAAGAAGUCCCGGCUAAUUGAAGUUGAUAAUUUCGAUUUGUAGGCCGAGGAGAGACUUCAUUUUCCCUGGCAAAGAUAGAUCUGAAACUGAAAUGUUUUACAGGAUUCAUAUCCUUUCAGGUUGAACAAUCCAUUUUGGUUCUGUUUUUUCUUUUCGGGUUCAUGUUUACAUUUGUAAAGCUCGAUAUUUGAUCAUAUGAAAACCCCUUGAUUUGUUGUUUCA